ACAGCUACUGCGCUAGGAGACAUUGCGGCGGCGGUGGCGGCGUUGGCAGCAGCUGCAGGGGUGCCUUCUCUGAGGUGAUGCUGGCCCAGGAAAGGGGCUCUGCUCAUCUUGUGGCCCUCAAGUGCAUUCCCAAGAAAGCACUUCGGGGCAAGGAGGCCCUGGUGGAGAAUGAGAUCGCAGUACUCCGCAGGAUUAGCCACCCCAACAUUGUGGCUCUGGAGGACGUCCACGAGAGCCCUUCCCAUCUCUACUUGGCCAUGGAGCUGGUAACAGGUGGUGAACUGUUUGACCGAAUCAUGGAGCGGGGCUCCUACACAGAGAAGGAUGCGAGCCACCUUGUAGGGCAGGUCCUUGGUGCUGUCUCCUACCUUCAUAGCCUGGGCAUCGUGCACCGGGACCUCAAGCCUGAAAACCUCCUCUAUGCCACACCUUUUGAGGACUCCAAGAUCAUGGUCUCUGACUUUGGCCUGUCCAAAAUUCAAGCUGGCAACAUGCUAGGCACAGCCUGUGGGACCCCAGGAUAUGUGGCCCCAGAGCUCCUGGAGCAGAAACCCUAUGGGAAGGCCGUAGAUGUGUGGGCCCUGGGUGUCAUCUCCUACAUCCUGCUGUGUGGGUACCCCCCCUUCUAUGAUGAGAGCGAUCCUGAACUCUUCAGCCAGAUUCUGAGGGCCAGCUACGAGUUUGACUCCCCCUUUUGGGAUGACAUCUCAGAAUCAGCCAAAGACUUCAUUCGGCACCUUCUGGAACGUGAUCCCCAGAAGAGGUUCACACAACAGGCCUUACAGCAUCUCUGGAUCUCUGGGGAUGCAGCCUUGGACAGGGACAUCCUAGGUUCUGUCAGUGAGCAGAUCCAGAAGAAUUUUGCCAGGACCCACUGGAAGCGUGCAUUCAAUGCCACAUCAUUCCUACGUCACAUCCGUAAGCUGGGACAGAGCCCAGAGGGUGAGGAGGCCUCCAGGCAGGGUAUGACCCGUCACAGCCACCCAGGCCUUGGGACUAGCCAGUCUCCCAAGUGGUGACAACCAGGUGGAUGCCAAGGGAAGGCCAAGUGGACUGACUCCUAGCUUUUCUUUCCUCCAGCCCUUUUGAUCUCCUUCCCUGAUCCUUGUCCCCAGGACUGGCCUCUGUUGGAAAAUCCAAGACCGUGGGUGUGAUGCAUGGCACUGGGGUAUGGGGCUUCCCCAGUAUGUCCCCAGCCUCU